GCGUGGAGCCGGUCGAGCUCGCGAGUACAGCGCUCUCAGUCACUCAGUCUGGGUUCGUUCUCUGUACCAGAAACACGUGCUCGCCCGCUCUCCCUUCCUCUCUCUGACAGUUAAACAUGGUUGGCUGGGGAUAUUCCAAGACAAACGGUCCCGCUACAUGGGCCAGCCUUUACCCCAUUGCUGGUGGCAGUCACCAGUCCCCUAUUGACAUCAAGGGGUCGAGUUGCCCGUGCGACAGUAGCCUAACUGCCAUUCAGGUGAUGUAUCAAGACAUCAGGAUCUCGGAGCUCUCCAACAGCGGACAUUCAUGGAAGGCUCAAGUUGCUGGGGGAAGCUCAAGCCUAAAAGGAGGACCUCUGUCGGACGAAUAUGUAUUGGAACAGUUCCAUUGCCACUGGGGUAAGACAAAUGAAACCGGAUCUGAACACACCGUCAAUGGUCACUGCUACUCUGGGGAG